AAUCAAAAAGUAGUUGUGCAUGGGUCUGCCAUUCACAUGAUCCAACCAAGCCCAUUGAUUGGGCAAUGUACCUUUUCUCCGGAUCCCCCACCCAGCUGCUCACUCAUCGAGACACCUGUGCUGUGCCUGUGCUCACAUUGUCAACAUGAGUACAAUCGCCAACAAAUCCAAAGCAUCCUCCCACUCGCCGAUUCCAAAACAUAUUUAGCGUUCGUCUCUGUUUCUCCCAGAGCUGAGAGAUCCCCAUACGACGGUUGCUUCUGUUGCCUUCUUCUGGGGUAAAUUGGAAGAUGUCUACCAAGUUGAUAGCGCUCUACAUUACAGUUUGCUCUGUUCUGUUCAUCAUAUCCAAGAUGCUCAUCUCCUUCCUCUGCUACAAGAAGUGGGCUCGCAAGAAGAGGAUCAUCGAGACCAGCCUGACAGGUGGCAAGCUGGUGAUCUUCCGGUCGGCGGCGAUGCAGUCGCUGAGCCCCAAGGCGUUCAUGAGGAUGAUCAUGGGGCUGUCGAGCAAGGACAUCAUCGGCUCCGGUGGGUACGGGACGGUGUACCUGCUGCGGCUGGACGAGAAGUCGGCGUUCGCCAUCAAGAAGCUGAGCAGGGGGAGCGCGGAGAUGGACCGCGGGUUCGAGCGGGAGCUGGACACCAUGGGCGACAUCAAGCACAGGAACAUCGUCCCUCUCUGCGGCUACUACGCGGCGCCUCACUUCAACCUGCUCAUCUACGAGCUCAUGCCCAACGGCAGCCUGGACACCAUCCUCCACGGCAAGGAGGAGAAGAAGCAGGCCCUCCUGGACUGGCCGGUGAGGUACAAGAUCGCGCUGGGCGUGGCGCGGGGGCUGUCCUACCUCCACCACGACUGCAUACCGCACGUCAUCCACCGCGACAUCAAGUCCAGCAACAUACUCCUCGACCACAACAUGGAAGCCAGGGUGUCGGACUUCGGCCUCGCCACGCUCAUGAAGCCCAACGAGAGCCACGUCACCACCGUCGUCGCCGGCACCUUUGGCUACCUCGCCCCAGAGUACUUCGAGACAGGGAGGGCGACGACCAAAGGCGAUGUGUACAGCUACGGCGUCGUCUUGCUUGAGCUCCUCACGGGGAAGAGGCCGACGGACGAAUCCUUCCUUGAAAACGGCACACGGCUGGUGACCUGGGUCAAGGAAACCAUGGAGGAGAAGAGAGAGGAGCACGCCGUCGACGGCGCUCUGGCGUCUUUUCCGGCGGAGGAGGUCAAGUUCGUGUUCACCGUGGCGGAGAAGUGCCUGGAGUCUGAUCCCCGCGAUAGGCCAACCAUGGUGCAAGUCGCCAAGAUGCUUGAGCAAGCCAAGCUGGCAUAGUACAGGCUAAUUAACGCGCAGUAUGUGUAACUAGGUGCUUAAUUGGUUGCAGACAAUUUUUCCACCCAAGGUGCUGCUUUUGCGAAAUUCAUGCUGGGUUCUGCACAAAGUUUAGAAGAUUUUUGUCGGCAAACGCUACCAAUGGUGUUGUAUAAGAAACAAAAUUUAUUGUUCGGAUUUGUAA